UUGGUUGAAAUACACAGCAGUUAGGGGGGAAGCCGAGGGCUAGUGGUUCUCUGUGUCUGGGGAGGAAGUGAGACAAUGUUACCUUUAUGGAAAGAAAUCUUAGAAUUAUGUUCCAUGGAUAUAUGGCAGAAAGAAAGUUCAACUUUCUUUGGUCAUUUUUCUGAAAAAACAACUAGAAAAUAUCUUUGGAAUCUCUGACGUCCAUAUGGCUAUGUAUGAUGAAGAUCUCUUGAAAAAUCCUUUUUACUUGGCUAUUCAGAAACGUCGUCCUGACCUUUGCAGGGAAGUUGCAGAAUUCCAUGGUAUUAUAUUAGUACCGUGCAAAGGGAGCUUUUCAAGCAGCAGUCUUUCUACCUGCCAAUUUGAUUCGUAUGUUUUAAAACCAGUGGAAGAAAAAUUUCAGACCUUAAAUGGAAAGGAAAUCUUUAUCCAGGGAAACUUGAUAAUUUUAGGAACUGGUUUUAAUCAUCAUCUCUCAAUACCUGUUCUCUUUGAGGAAACAUUCUACAAUGAAAAAGAAGAAAGUUUUAGCUUAUUGUGUAUAGCUCAUCCCCUGGAAGAAUCUGAAAUCUUAGAAGAAUUUAAAACCUCAUCAAAAUCUUAUUCCCUGAAAAACAUUGAGGAUGUGAGAGAGUUUUUGGGAAGACACUCUGAAAGAUUUGACAAACACAUUGCAUCUUUCCAUAGGACUUUUAAAGAACAUGAAAGAAAAAGCCUACGACAUUACAUAGAUUCUGUUAAUGCACUUUACACCAAAUGCCUCCAGCAUUUAUUGAGGGAUUCUCACUUUAGGAUGCUUGCAAAGCAGGAACCGCAGAUGAAUCUGAUGAAACAAGCAGUUGAAAUGUAUGUACAUCAUGAUGUUUAUGAUCUGAUCUUUAAAUAUGUGGGAACUAUUGAGGCAAGUGAGGAUGCAGCCUUUAACAAAAUUACAAGAAGCCUCCAAGAUCUCCAGCAAAAAGAUAUUGGAGUUAAGCCUGAAUUCAGCUUUAAUAUUCCACGUGCAAAGCGAGAAUUGGGUCAGCUGAAUAAAUGCACCUCCCCACAACAGAAGCUGAUCUGUCUUCGAAAAGUGGUGCAAAUUAUUAUGCAGUCUCCUAGCCAAAGAGUCAACAUGGAGACCAUGUGUGCAGAUGAUCUUCUCUCUGUGUUACUGUAUCUGCUAGUAAAAACAGAGAUUCCUAACUGGAUGGCAAAUUUGAGUUACAUCAAAAACUUCAGGUUUUGCAGUUCAGCAAAGGAUGAACUGGGAUACUGCCUGACCUCUGUUGAGGCUGCUAUAGAAUAUAUCCGACAAGGAAACCUCUCCGACAGACCAACAGAAUCUGAGAGGGUUAGUGACAAGUUCUUGAGACAAAGAAUGAACUUACUGUCCCAGAUGUCCACAACCCCGAUAGAUUGCUUGUUCAAGUAUAUUGCUUCAGGUAACCAGGAGGAAGUGGAACGAUUACUAAGUCAAGGUGACAGUGAUAAAGACACUGUACAGAAAAUGUGCCACCCACUCUGUUUCUGUGACAAUUGUGAGAAACUGGUUUCUGGGAAAAUGAAUGAUCCUUCCAUUGUCACUCCGUUUUCCAGAGAUGACAGGGGAUACACACCACUUCAUAUAGCUGCUAUUUGUGGGCAAGCGUCAUUAAUUGACCUGUUAGUUUCCAAAGGAGCUGUAGUCAGUGCUACAGAUUACCACGGUUCAACACCUCUUCACCUUGCCUGUCAGAAAGGAUAUCAGAACGUUACACUUCUUUUGUUGCACUAUAAGGCAAGUACAGAUGUUCAAGACAAUAAUGGCAAUACUCCACUUCAUUUAGCCUGCACUUAUGGUCAUGAGGAUUGUGUCAAAGCUUUAGUCUAUUAUGAUGUACACUCUUGUAGACUAGAUACUGGUAACGAAAAAGGAGAUACUCCCCUCCACAUAGCUGCUCGUUGGGGCUAUCAAGGAAUAAUAGAAGUGCUGCUGCAGAAUGGAGCCAACCCAGAUAUUCAGAACCGUGUGAAAGAGACUUCCCUGCAGUGUGCAUUAAAUUCCAAGAUUUUAUCAUUGAUGGAAUUAAACUACCUAACGUUUGAAAGGGGACAGAGUGCUUCUGAGUCUCCAGUUAGGUCUCCUCAGCAUUCAGCAGAUACCUUCAGCAGAGGGUCAUCUGUCUCCAGCUUGUCAUCAGCAUCAGCAGAUACCAGACAAGAAGAAGUUAAAAAUAAUUACAAAGAGAUAGAAAAACUCUUACGAGCAGUUGCUGAUGGAGAUCUGGAAAUGGUUCGCUAUCUUUUGGAAUGGCUGGAGGAAGACAUAGAAGAAGCAGACGAAGCUGACGAUACAGUGAAGCCAGAGCUCUGUCACCCAUUAUGCCAGUGCUCAAAAUGUGAGCCAAUACAAAAGAAGCUUGCAAGAAUCCCUGCUAAUGGACUUGGAGUAAAUGUUACAAACCAGGAUGGCUUUACACCACUGCAUGUGGCUGCACUUUAUGGGCACCCUGAGUUAGUCUACCUUUUAUUAAAACACGGUGCCAAUAUCAGUGCAAAGAAUAUGAACCAUGCCGUACCUCUUCACCUGGCUUGUCAGAAAGGUCACUUUCAGGUAGUAAAGUGUCUAGUGGAUUGCAAUGCUAAACAAAAUAAAAAGGAUGUACAUGGAAAUACUCCCUUAAUUUAUGCUUGCUUGAAUGGCCAACAUGAGAUUGCUGCCUUGUUGUUAGAGCAUGGGGCCUCUGUUAACCUUUCUAACAGCAAGGGAAAUACAGCACUGCAUGAGGCUGUGAUAGGAAAACAUGAAGUCUUGGUAGAGCUGUUACUUCAGAAUGAUGCUUCGAAUUACAUUAGGAACAAAAGGCAGUGUACGCCUCUGGACUAUGCUGAGCUGAAUUCAAAUAUCAUGAAGUUGCUACAAACAGCACCAAGCUAUGCACCAACAUCAGCGGAGGGAGGAGAAAAUGACUAUGAGCAGCAUGUUACUAUCAAGAUCAGGAAAAAAGUAAAUGUUAAGUUACCUGAGACAGCAGAUGAUCCCAUCAGCAGACGACUUCAACUGGUCCAAUCAAUCAACAGAUUUAACAAAUCAAAAUAUUUACGGAGAACAAUAACAAGAGAUAAAAGUGUCCCUAAUUUUGAUGAUGAAUUAUUGCAUCAGUUAGCUAUUAAGAGCUUUGAUAAGACCAAGUUAAAACCUAUUGACCAGAUGUUGGACCAGAGCAAAGUUAAGAUUAUUGAUGCAGAAAGCAAUGGUGAACCUGUGAAACAGGAUGAUGUGAUAGAUGCUCCUCUUAGAAGUAAACUAAUGCACCGAAGACAUACAGUUAACGUGGCACUUUCAGCAGAGAAUGUCAGUGACGACAGUGAUUUAUCCAACACAAGAAAUCCAAGUAUUUCACUGUCAAAAGACUGUUCUGAUGACUUGCUAUCAAAACACUAACAAGGAAGUGUGAAUUUGCUGUCAAAAACUAAAGAACCAGGUGGUGCCAUUUUCAAAAUCCUCCUGCUGAGCAUUAAAGAAUUAAAUGAAGCUUAGAAACUGCUUUCAAAAAUGGAUCAUAAAGAUGAAUCUAUAGCAAAGGCAGAAUGUUCCCGUAUGGUUUGCACUUUUGAAGACUGAAUCCUCUGUUUAUCGUGGAAACCCCUCCCCAGCCAAUUUGUGACUGAUUUCAGGAAACUGAGACAUAUUGAAAUGUCAAAGUAUUUAGACACAAAGAAGUGAUUAUUUCCCAUUCCACUUUCAAAGCACUUAUUAAGAAAUUACUUAUAACAGUAGAGGAGAAAGACUAUAUGGGUACUUUCUAGCUACCUACUCCUGUUUUUUAAAAGGCAUUGAAUUGUUUUUUUCUUUUCAGUUUUGUCACUAAAUUGGUUAUAUUAUAUUUAUUGCCAGAAGGAAUUCAAAAGUCUCUAUUUUUAUUAUAAUGCUAUGAACCACUAUAGUGUUUGUUUAAUAGCCUUUUAGACAUUAAUGUAAUUUCUGUAUGUUGCAACUGGCUGCGCAAACAGUCCAUAAAAAUCUACAGUAUGAUGUAAAGACCUUUAAAUGAGAUGAACAUGAACAGUAGUAUCCUGCACUCCCUAUAUAGACAAAGUGCCCACUGAUUUCAGUGGAACAUUUACCUGCAUAGGGUCUGUAGGAUCAUGUACUACUGGGAAUGAAAUAAAGUAAAAUGCUCUUGACACAGAACAGCUUUGGACUGAAGAAUGUUCAGAUCCCAAUUAAAAUAUUCAUGUCUGUGCAGAAACAGGCAUGCUUAACACACACAGUUGGCUUUUCUCUCUGAACAAAUCAGACAAAGCCACACACAUUCACGCUUCUGCACGAAGCCUACAGCUACUAGGUAAGUGAUCUGGCAGGGAAAGUAAGAGUUUGCAGAAACUGGCUGCAUGUUAUCCUAUUUUAAAAGGUGAUAUUUUAAAGGAUGCUCAUAGAUAACUAGAUGGAAGCUUAGAUGUGGAACUUAACAUGUUUUCAGUUUAAAUUUUCUUUAAAAAAAAAAGUGUGAAUUAAAAAGACUGCAAUAGCACAAUUCAGAUUCUUAGUGAUAGUUUUGGUUUACAGGUGGUCACAUCCAAUUAACCUUUUGUUUUUUAUAAAAUAGUAAUAUAGACCAUUUUGAUGUUUUAUGGUGAUAUCAAUACCAUGCUUAGGGCACUGUGAAAUUGGAGGACUUUCCAUGUGAUUGUUUUCAAAUAGAUUUUUAAUGAAAGAAGUAAAAGGUGCAGCCUGUGAACACCACUGAAAAAA